UUGAUCUUAUCACAGCGAAACAACCGAAGCGUCCAUCAUCCAUUUUGUUCGGAGGUUGUGACUAAAAGCAAAUCGCCCGUUUUGUGCGGGAUUUCGAAGAAUGUAAAACAGCAAAUUGCCGAUUUAUUCUGUUCUAAUCGGGACUGUCCCUCUUCAAGUAAAUCGCCAUGGCGUGGUCCUUGAUUCUGUUGGCACUUGUGUGCACGCCGUUCGCUGUCAUGGGCGAGGAAAAUAUGUACUGCUUCAAAUGCGCUGCCAACCCCGAGUGUGAGACCUCCGUCAGGUCCGACAGCGACAACGUGUUCUUGGGCAAAUGCCAGGGAGUCUGUUACGAUCGUCGGAUCACCCAUAUUGCUUACAAGGAAACCCUGGUCUACCGCGGCUGCUACGAGAGAGAGACGGACUGCGUUCCCGGUUGCUUUGGCAACGAGGAGCACAUGGACUGUGUCAAGUGCUGCAACAAGAACAUGUGCAACGGCGCAGGCGUGGUGACUUACAGUCUUCCCAUCGUCCUCCUGGCUUGGCUUGUGACCAGAAUAGUUUCUCGCUAGUUUAUCAUUAAUUUUCUUGGUCUUUUUUUCUUUUCUUUUUGAGGCUAUUUUUAGACGUUCUGUGGGGUGGGCCAUAUUUACGAGACAAACUUUGCUAGAUAUUUCCAAAAAAGUGCCUUAGUUGGAUUUAGAAAUACGGGAAAUGGUCACACUUCACCUACUGUAGCUAGUUCCAACUUUUAUUUCCCGGUCUAUAUUUGGUUGAGUAUAUCUAAAAGAUCAACUUUUUACAAUUAUUGCUUACCCAAUUGUACAGUUUCGCUGUAGUUUACUAUCUUAGAAGAUUAUUAUCGAAUUCUUAAAAAUAUUGGCACAUUUUCCAUCUUUACCCCAAAUGGUUAAGUCUAAUUUGAUGUCAGAUUUUGUUAAAUUAAUCAUAAUUCGUGUACCAACUGCUCUAUUUUUGACCAGGUAUAGACAAAUAACAACGUAAUGAUAAAAUGUUCAUGUACAUAAAGACUUUAGGAUUCUUUCGUUGUGUUGUUUUUUUUCAUUGGCACUUUUAGACCCCAUUUCUUAUAACCCUUGUUAUUUUUAUAUAGAAAUGUCUCGUCAACUGUCGUUGUUUGUCGUAGUCUUUGACCCAGUAGAUAUGGUACUGUUUUUUUUACCGGUUUAAAUGCAGAACUGAGAUUUAAAAGGUUGCAGAGGAUUGUUAAGGGGGACUAGACAGAGAUUUUAGACCCACGGUCUCACAGUCGCUGGUUGUAUUAGCAAAGUGUGCGAUCCCACCCAUUUCUUUUACUGGACGAGCUCAUGGAAGAGACAGCCGAAUUUUUUCAGCCUUUAGCACCGUCUACACGCGUCUUUAAAUUCGUCAAGAUUUCUGGGGGGACUCCACCCGAUAUUUUGUAUCUUUGUCCUAAAUCUCAUCAAUGCUCCGAAUCUUUACAAGACAGCCAACAAUUAACUUCAGGGUUUUUCCUUUCUUAGGCGUCGACGUCUUGCAGAACUUUCUACAACUUAAGUUUACUUGAUCCCCGACCCCACCCUCCUCAAUUUCCAAUUUGUCCCCCUCUGUCAGUGAUUUUGAUAUCUAAACAAUCAUUGUUCAUUGUAUUGUAUAUGUUUCAAAAAGCCACUGAGUCUUUAAAUUUGAGUUUGGACUCCUUUAUUGAAUAUUCCGGUUGUCAAAAUACGUAUAAAAGGCACAUUUUUUUCGAAAAAAUGCAAAGUAAAAAUAUUUGUAAUUUAGUUCUCAAUAGGACCAAUUCGUAACCUUUCCCUUUGAUUCGUUUCACCUCGAAGUUUUGUAUAUUUGUUGUAAUUUUAUUAAUGUUUAUAACUUUGGUUAAAUUCAUGAAUAUCGGUGACUUUGUAUAUUCUGGUUAAUUAACAAUGAUAGACUUGUGUGAAUAAACAAGUUGAUCUCUUUCAUAGCA